AUGCUGUACAUCAUCGGCCUGGGCCUCGCUGAUGAGCGCGACAUCUCAACAAAGGGUCUUGAAAUCGUCAAACGAGCAGAGCGUGUCUACCUCGAAGCUUACACAGCUGUCUUGCUCGUAGAGAAGGAGCAAUUGGAAGCAUACUAUGGCAGAUCCGUGAUCAUCGCUGAUCGUGAAAUGGUCGAGUCGCAAUCCGAUGACAUUCUGGCUGGUGCUCAUGAAAAGGACGUGGCCUUCCUUGUCGUGGGGGACCCGUUCAGCGCGACUACACACACUGAUCUCGCACUACGCUGUCGUCAACAUGAGCCUCACAUCGCUACAAGGACUUUGCCUAACGCCUCGAUCCUGACCGCGGUAGGUGCCACCGGACUCAGUCUUUACAAUUACGGCCAGACAGUUUCUAUGGUGUUCUUCACAGAAACGUGGAAGCCGGACAGUUUCUACGAUCGUGUCGCCGAGAAUGCGAGUCUGGGUCUGCAUACUCUCGUGCUGCUCGACAUCAAAGUCAAAGAGCCGAACUUGCAAGCACUGGCAAGAGGCAAGAUUGUGUACGAGCCACCUCGUUUCAUGACUGUGGCUCAAUGCGCUAGCCAGAUGAUCGAAGUCGAAGAGACCAGGCAGCAAGGCAUCACCGCAAAGGAGAAGCUCGCCAUUGGUGUUGCUCGAUUGGGCAGCGAAGGUGAGCAGAUCGUGGCCGGCACACUGGAAGAAUUAACGCAAUUCGACCUUGGCAAGCCCUUACACAGUCUUGUGCUUGUGGGAACCAAGAUGCACGAAAUGGAGUGGGAAUUCGCUCGAGAGUUUGCUGUUGAUAAGGAGAAGUUCGAUGAAAUAUGGAAGCGCGACUAUGUAGGGAAGAACUAG